CCGGAGGGCUGGGCCGGGGUCCGCGCGCUUGCGGUGGCGUGGCCGAGCGUGGGUGCCCGGGCCGCGGUCCUUAGUGAGAGUGACUCGGCCUGUGACGCGGGCGCGUUCCUUCCUCUUCCUCUUCCUCCGCGGCCCCGCCUUCCUUCCCUCCGCCCAUCUCCCGCCGCGGAGGAGCCGCCGCCGCCGACAGCCGCGCCGUCAUGUCGGCCCCCGCCGGGUCCCCUCACCCGGCCGCCGGCGCCCGGAUGCCGCCCAAGCUCGGCGGAGCAGUCUCUGGCCUGGCGCCGCCGCAGCAGAAUGGUCCAGCACAGAGUCAAAUGCAAGUUCCAUCUGGGUAUGGGCUGCCUCAUCAAAACUAUAUGGCCCCCUCAGGACACUACUCUCAAGGACCUGGGAAAAUGACCUCCUUGCCGUUGGAUAACCAGUGUGAGAAUUACUACUCUCGUCCAUAUACAGCACCAACACAGAAUGUGGGGACUCCCAGCUCAGCAAACCAACCAGGAGCACAGCUCAUGUAUGGCAGAGGUCCUUCUGCCCCUCACAUGGGGGCAUCCAUGCCAGGACCUUUCCAAGGAGCUCCAGCAUCGGCGUCCCAUUCGUACCCGAGUGCCUCCCAGCCCUAUUCCUCUCUUGGGAACCGCUACAGUAGUCCUGCCACAUACUCCGCCACCGCUUCUGUUGCUUCUCAGGGAUACCCCUCCACUUGUAGUCAUUAUCCCAUCUCCACUGUGUCUAAUGUCGUGUAUCCUAACGUUUCAUACCCCUCGCUGCCUGCCAGUGAGCCGUAUGGGCAGAUGUUUACCUCACAGAGUGCUCCUCCGCCUGCCAGGCCACUUAAAGAGUCAUACUCUGGCCCAAGCACAGCUGUUGCCUACCCAUCGAGACCUCCGCCUCCACCUUCCCAGCACCAGCAGCAGCAGCAGCAGCAGCAGCAGCAGCAGCAGCAGAGUCAUUCAGGAUACAGUUCUCUACCAUGGUCAGGUCCAGGCCUUCCACCAGCCCAAGACAGUCUCAUCCGAAACCAAAUGGGAUCCUUGGCUAUACCGAACAGCCACCCAGCAAUUAACGUUGCAGAUUCUCUGUCUUGUCCUAUUACAGAAAAUGUCCAACCACCUAAGCCCAGCUCCGUAGUAGCCACAGUUUUGCCAGGACCCUCAUCAACAAGAAUGCCACCUGCCCCAAGUCACCCAGUUGGGCCUGUGCCGUCUGCUCCACCCCCCCCAGAGCAGAUGCAGACAAAAGUCAGGUUUCCAGUACCUAGCCAUGCUGGAUGUGGCAAGUGGCGCCCUGUGAACAGAGACCCUGGACUAUGGGGAACUUACAUCGGUCGGAUGAGGGAACGCCCCCCAGAGAAGUUCGCAAAUAAAGGCAUGCAGUAUGGUGACUAUGUUAAUAAUCAAGCUAGCUCCACACCAACUCCCUUGUCAUCAGCUUCCGAUGAUGAGGAAGAGGAGGAUGAGGAUGAGGAAGCAGGUGUUGACAGCUCUUCUACCACAAGCAGCGCUUCGCCCUUGCCCAACAGUUAUGAUGCCUUGGAAGGAGGAAGCUACCCAGAUAUGCAUUCUUCUUCAGCAAGCAGCCCCGUUCCUGAUCGUGCCCCGGAACCUAACUCCACCCUCGUCCCCACUCCCACUGCUGCUCAGCCAGCCAAGGUAGCAAAGCCUUUUGGCUAUGGCUACCCAACGCUGCAGCCUGCUUAUCAGAAUGCAGCAGCACCACCCACCACAGCCCACCCCAGCGGGCCAGCGUAUUCUGGAUAUCCUCAGCAGUAUCCAGGUGUGCACCAACUGUCCUCAGGUCUGGGAGGGCUAAGCCUGCAGAGCUCUCCACAGCCAGAAAGCCUACGGCCUGUGAACCUCACCCAGGAGAAGAACAUCUUACCUGCAACUCCCAUUUGGGCACCUGUACCUAACCUGAGUGCAGAGCUCAGCAAGUUAAACUGUAGCCCAGACUCGUUUCGAUGUACCUUGACCAGUAUCCCACAGACACAGGCUUUACUGAAUAAAGCUAAGCUUCCCUUGGGACUGCUGCUGCACCCCUUCAGAGACCUGACGCAAUUGCCAGUGAUAACCUCCAACACCAUUGUGAGGUGCCGGUCCUGUCGGACGUACAUCAACCCUUUUGUGUCCUUCAUCGAUCAGCGCAGGUGGAAAUGCAACCUGUGCUACAGAGUGAAUGAUGUUCCAGAAGAGUUUUUGUACAACCCCCUGACUCGGUCUUACGGAGAGCCUCAUAAACGGCCGGAAGUUCAGAAUUCAACUGUGGAGUUCAUCGCUUCCUCAGACUACAUGCUCCGGCCUCCUCAGCCUGCAGUCUACUUGUUUGUUUUAGAUGUGUCUCAUAACGCAGUGGAAGCUGGGUACUUGACAGUUCUAUGCCAGUCCUUAUUAGAAAACUUAGACAAGCUUCCUGGAGACUCACGAACAAGAAUAGGAUUCAUGACUUUCGACAGCACUAUUCAUUUCUACAAUUUACAAGAAGGAUUAUCCCAGCCUCAGAUGUUGAUUGUAUCUGAUAUAGACGAUGUUUUCUUGCCCACACCGGAUAGUCUGCUUGUGAAUCUGUAUGAAAGUAAAGAGCUUAUAAAAGACUUACUGAACGCAUUACCAAAUAUGUUCAUCAAUACCAGAGAAACGCACAGUGCUCUUGGACCUGCACUUCAGGCUGCCUUCAAACUAAUGUCUCCCACGGGCGGACGAGUGUCUGUGUUUCAGACACAGUUACCUUCCUUGGGGGCAGGACUUCUGCAGUCCAGAGAAGAUCCGAAUCAGAGGUCGAGCACCAAGGUGGUGCACCAUCUCGGCCCUGCCACCGACUUUUAUAAGAAACUUGCUUUAGAUUGCUCAGGACAGCAGACCGCAGUGGAUUUGUUCCUGCUAAGUUCACAGUAUUCUGACCUCGCUUCUCUGGCCUGCAUGUCCAAGUACUCCGCAGGGUGCAUAUUCUACUACCCAUCGUUCCACUCCACCCACAACCCUUCGCAAGCAGAGAAGUUACAGAAAGACCUAAAACGGUACCUCACCAGGAAGAUCGGAUUUGAAGCUGUUAUGAGGAUAAGAUGUACCAAAGGACUUUCGAUGCACACUUUCCACGGGAACUUCUUUGUCCGGUCCACUGACUUGCUGUCUCUUGCCAACAUCAAUCCUGAUGCUGGGUUUGCAGUGCAGUUGUCAAUUGAGGAAAGCCUGGCGGACACUUCCCUGGUGUGCUUCCAGACUGCCCUGCUGUACACAUCAAGCAAAGGUGAGCGGAGAAUUCGAGUUCACACACUGUGCUUGCCAGUGGUGAGUUCACUGGCUGAUGUUUAUGCAGGAGUGGAUGUGCAAGCUGCCAUCUGCCUUCUGGCCAACAUGGCUGUGGACCGCUCAGUGUCAUCCAGCCUGUCGGAUGCCAGGGACGCCCUGGUGAAUGCCGUGGUGGAUCCCCUGUCUGCCUACAGCUCUGCAGUGUCGAGUGUGCCCCGCUCCACCCUGACAGCACCGAGCUCACUGAAGCUGCUCCCUCUCUAUGUUCUGGCACUUCUCAAACAGAAAGCAUUUAGAACAGGUACAAGCACGCGCCUGGACGACCGUGUGUACGCCAUGUGCCAGAUGAAGUCGCAGCCACUUGUGCAUCUAAUGAAAAUGAUUCAUCCCAACUUGUACAGGAUAGACCGGCUGACGGAUGAGGGUGCCAUACAUGUCAACGACAGGGUAGUACCCCAGCCACCUCUUCAAAAACUGUCUGCAGAGAAACUGACCAGAGAAGGUGCUUUCCUCAUGGACUGUGGCUCAGUUUUCUACAUUUGGAUUGGCAAAGGCUGUGACAGUAAUUUCAUAGAGAAUGUGCUUGGGUAUCCUGAUUUUGGAUCAAUACCACAGAAAAUGACACAUCUUCCAGAGCUAGACACACUUCCGUCAGAGAGAACUAGAUCCUUUGUAACUUGGCUCAGAGACAGCCGACCAUUAAGCCCUGUCCUUCACGUGGUAAAAGAUGAGAGUCCUGCCAGAACAGACUUUUUCCAGCAUUUGGUGGAAGACCGCACCGAAGCCGCACUCUCCUACUAUGAGUUUCUGAUUCACGUUCAGCAGCAGGUUUGUAAGUGAGGUGAACAGAGCCCGUCAGAUGAGCGCUCCACAGCCUGGAGGAGCUAGUCCAUCGGAGAAGCACAUGGGGACUUGACACUGAGAAGACACGAUGCACACCACUCUGUCUGAGGCUUAGGCCAGAGAUACGGAAAGACAGCAAGACAGAGCAGAGCUGACCAGGGAGCCGACGCAGCCGCCAGUGGAUGCGGAUGGAGUCGGUUUCUGCGAACUUCCGGGAGAGCAGCAGUGCAGUGCUCUUCUGCCCGCCCAGGCCUGAGGACCAUGGAAUGACAUGUCACAAUCUAAAGCCAGAUAAAGCCAUCGCACAGUUAACAUUUCCCAGCUGGAACUCUGACAAGAGAUGCCAAGGGGCACCGAGCGGUACCACAGUACUCGUCUGUAUGAUUUACUUAAAUACGGAUGACUCAUGUCCAUUAAAUGAAUUCAGCAUUUUCCCUGUAAAGACCAUAGAGUUUCAGUACAUGAACCAUAGACAUAUAUAUAUAUGUACAUACGUGUUACAUUUGUAAAGAAAUGUAAAAUGUACCUGAGACUGAAUUGCUGACGUGUGCUGCAUCGUCAGACGGCAGCUCUGGCAGAGAGGGACGAGGUGACUAAUGCAUAUUAUGAGUUGAGUCCACAAAAGAAACAUGAAACUUUGUAAUUCUGUUGAAUCUUUUAUGUGGAUUUAUUUAUGAUCAGCCUACUAAUUAAAAAUAUUUUGCUUGACAGUUGGUUUGGUGGUUCGUUUGUUUGUAGAAGUUUUUGGUUUGGGUGGUAUUGGUGAUAAACAGUGGGAGUCUUAAAUUUGCAGCUUGGAGGAAAUGCAAUACCAAGUUCCAUUCAUCAGUGAAUGAAUAUUUUGUCAUGGGUUUGUGGUACUACCAAGAAAUUACUGUUUGUAUUCUAAAACCAUGUUAUUUUCAGAAUACAUUUAAUGACUAAGCAUAAUCUUAUCUCAUUUAAAUUAAGGAUUUUUUUCCUACCUAUUUGUAAUGAGAGUUUUUUAAGAAUAUGUGACUUUCCUUUCUAAUUGACUUGACGAUUAUCAUAUUGAACUCUGAGAAAGUUUUGUUCUGAUCAAGAAUUCUGUCAUUCACAGCAGGUUAUUUGCUAUAAAAACUGAUGCUGAUCCA